AUGGCGUUUGUCCCUGAUUUGGACACACUGGAGAGCAGCAGCCUGAAUGAGGAGACAUUUUAUGACCCCGACUGCCUCUACCUGCAGAAGAAACCCUGCCUGGACUCGGAGGUGACAUCACCCGGGGUGGGCAUCCAGGUGACGGUGACCCACGGACAGCCUACCAGGACCUUUCGCCGGGCUGCCACCCUCGUGGUGGCCGUGACCAAGCUCCUGAAGCAGACGAUGCACAAGGACUUCACUGACAGUGACCUUGGGGGCUUCCUGGAUGAUAUUUUUGAGCCCGUCUCCUUCCAGCAGAUCAAGGGCAGCUACGCCGGGGCGCCCGUCUACCGCUACACCCGCUCCCAGUCCUUUGACAUCCUCGACAUUGACCACAAGUGCUUCGUGCUGGAGCCGCCAACCCAGCUGGUGGCCCUGCACCUGCAGGGACCCGCCGCCAGGCAGAAAGUGAAGCUCAACAUCGCUCUGUACCGUCCCCGGUCAUCGCAAGGCGGCCCAGGGACCGGGCGGGUGCCAGUGGCGUUGGGCAUCAAGGGCUACCAACUCUACAUGUCAUGCGUGAUGAGCGGCGCUGAGCCCGUGCUGCAGCUGGAGGAAGCUGACGUCAGGAGGGACAUCGAGAGCAUGGAGCUGACUCGCUUCAUCUUCUACCGCCUGGACAGCCCGACCGAGAGGACCACCCGCUUCGAGUCGGCCGCCUUCCCCGGCUGGUUCAUCUGCACCUCCCUGCAGCCCCGCCAGCCCGUCGGCAUCACCAACCAGCCCGACCAGGUCAACAUCGCCACCUAUGAGCUGAGCGGGCGCUGAGGAGCCCCCGCACGCAAC